AUGGAGGAGGCCGGUGGAGCCGGGGUGCAGCUGGCGCUCGGGGUCCUGCUGCCCACCCCUGCCCCGGAGGUGCUGGAGCGGGUGCUGAGGCAGCGCUAUGGCCCCUUGCCCUGCGCCGCCACCAUCGCCCGCCUGCGCAAGCAGCCGGCCGGGGGCUACGAGCCGGCCGGGAACCCCGAGGACAUGCUGGAGAGGCGGCAGUUGGCCAAUGCCAAGGAGCGGGAGAGGAUCAAGAACCUGAACAGCGGCUUCUCGAAGCUGAAGGCGCUGGUGCCCCUGGUCCCCCGCGACCGCAAGCCCAGCAAAGUGGACACCCUGAAAGCAGCCACCGAGUACAUCCGCCUCCUGCGGCUGGUGCUGGAGGAAACGGGGGGCCUGAAGGUUGCAAUUGAUUGA